AUGAGGUUCGAUAUAGCAGCCGUCACUGCGCUUGGGUCGGUGCUGGGAUGCAUUGACUCGGCUUCAGCAGCGGGCACAGUUUCGUCAUGCUGCACCGCCCUCGCUGGGGCUGGUUUCGAGAAACGGAUACAUUACCCAGGCCAUGACGUUUACGAGGACCGAAUUUCUUCGUACUGGUCGGUCGCGGCGCGAGUCAGGCCGCAGUGUUUAUUCCAACCCCUCGACACGGCUGAAGUGUCCAAGGUCGUGCAGACGUUUGCCAACGCCAAGUGCAAGUUCGCCAUCCGCAGCGGCGGCCAUACCACUUGGCCUGGUGCGGCCAGUAUCGAGGAUGGCGUGACGAUUGACCUCGGCUUGAUGAACUCGACCACCUACCAUCCUGGGAAUGCCACUGCCGCGAUUCGCCCGGGUGCCCGCUGGGCCUCCGUGUACGGCACCUUGGACAAGCUGAACGUGUCCGUGGCGGGCGGUCGUGCCGGCUCGGUCGGUGUGGGCGGCUUCACGCUCGGCGGCGGCAACUCGUUCUGGGCUGCUCGCAAGGGCUUCGUGUGCGACAACGUCGCCAACUUCGAAGUCGUGCUUGGUUCUGGCGAGGUCGUCAACGCCAACGCCAAGGAGAAUGCGGAUCUCUUCCAGGCGCUCAAGGGCGGCUCUAACAACUUCGGCGUCGUGACUCGCUUCGACAUGUUCACUUUCCCUGCCGAGAAGCUUUGGGGCGGCGUCGUCGUGUACCCUUGGAGCACGAGCAAGCAGCAAAUGAAGGCGCUGUCGGGCUUCACCACGGGUCUGAAGAAGGACCCGUACGGCUCCGCCAUCGUGAUCCUUCACCGCACGCCGGCCGGGGAGAAGAUGAUCAUCAACGCGUACGAGCACACGGGCGGCGUAGCCGCGGCGCCCAUCUUCACGGAGUUCCUGGCAACCGAGGGCGAGAUCAUGAACACGAUGCGGGUGACGAACAUCACGGACCUGACGACGGAGCUGGAGCAGGCCGAGGGCUACCGCGACACGUUUGUGACGAUCUCGUUCCAGAACGACGAGCGCGUGCUGCAGAAGGCUGCGGCCCUCUUCGACGCCAUGCUCGACGCCAUCAAGGCCGACGGCGAGGACUGGCUCGCGCUGAAUUUGUUCCAGCCGCUUCCGCGCGUCUUCGCGGACCGCGGGCUCGAGAAGGGCGGGAAUGUGCUGGGCCUUGAUCGCUUCAAGGGCGAUAACGUUGUGUACCAGGUCUACCUCGGCUGGAAGGACGUCGCCAACGACGCCGUCUUCCAGACCGCCGCGGAGAAGCUGAUUGCGGACGUGGAUGCGUUUGCCAAGAGCAUCAAGAAGGACAACCCCUUCAUCUACCUCGACUAUGCGUACAAGACGCAGAAGCCGCUCGAGAGCUACGGCGAGGCGAACUUGAAGAAGAUUAGGGACGUCGCGAACAAGUAUGACCCCGAGCAGGUGUUCCAGACACUGGUCCCUGGCGGGUUCAAGAUCUCGAAUGUUGGAGCUGAGGCUGGGGAGGGCAAGGGCAAGGGCAAGGGCAAGGGCUCGGAACACAAUGAGUUAUGA